UGAAAUUUGCCAGGAAGCAGCAGCUCCUUGCAGCGUAUUCCUCCGGCUGCGGGAUAUUUCCCGGCGCAGAGGGGACCCUCGGACAGCUCAGCCCCAAAGGGAGAACUUCAGCCCCGAGGUCACCCCCAGCACGACCUACCACUAACCCCAAGCACCUACCUGCACUGACCAGCAGCUGCAAAACAACACUUUGGCUCUGAGCACUGUGAGCACUGAACAUGGAAGGAUUCCUGGGCUUUAACCAUAACCACUGUUUCAUCGUGCUGUUCUUCGUCUCCCUGAGCCUUGCCCAGUACGAACACUGGCCCUACCUCCCCGGGUACCCUGAGCCACCCCCACAAGUCUACCAGCCCCCCCAGAGGCCAGCAGACGUUCCCAAAAUCCAACUACGGCUCGCAGGGCAGAAGAGAAAACACAACGAAGGCCGAGUGGAGGUGUUCUACAGCGGCGAGUGGGGAACGGUGUGCGAUGAUGACUUCUCCAUCCAUGCAGCGCACGUGAUUUGCAGGGAGUUGGGCUACGUGGAGGCAGUGUCCUGGCUACCGAGCUCAAAAUAUGGGAAAGGAGAAGGGAAAAUUUGGAUGGACAAUGUCCAUUGCAAUGGCAAGGAGACCACGCUGGCAGCGUGCACCUCCAAUGGCUGGGGAGUGACAGACUGCAAACACACCGAGGACGUGGGGGUGGUCUGCAGUGAGAAGAGAAUCCCUGGCUUCAAGUUUGACAACUCGUUGCUCAACCAAAUAGAGAACAUGAACAUUCAGGUGGAGGACAUCAGGAUCCGGCCCAUCCUCGCCACCUAUCGCAAGCGGGUGCCCGUCACGGAGGGUUAUGUGGAGGUGAAAGAAGAAGGGACCUGGAAGCAGAUCUGUGACAAGCACUGGACCAUGAAGAAUUCCCGAGUCGUCUGCGGCAUGUUUGGGUUUCCGAGCGAGAGGAAAUACAACACCAAGGUCUACAAAAUGUUUGCCAGCAGGAGGAAGCAGCAUUACUGGGCUUACUCCAUGGACUGCACUGGGAACGAGGCGCACAUCUCCAGCUGCAAACUGGGCAACCACCUCAACGUGGACACAGAGAAGAAUGCAACAUGUGACAACGGGAUGCCCGCAGUGGCCAGCUGUGUCCCCGGCCGUGCCUUUGCCCCCAGCAGCCACAGUGGCUUCCGAAAAGCCUUCAGGCAGGAGCAACCUCUGGUGAGGCUGAAAGGAGGAGCCAACACCGGCGAGGGCCGAGUGGAAGUGCUGAAGAAUGGGGAGUGGGGCACGGUGUGCGACGACAACUGGAACCUGGUGUCUGCCAGCGUGGUGUGCAGGGAGCUGGGCUUCGGCAGCGCCAAGGAGGCGAUCACGGGGGCAAGGCUGGGGCAAGGCAUGGGUCCAAUCCAUCUCAAUGAAAUCGACUGUACAGGAUUUGAGAAAUCCAUCACAGACUGCAAGUUCAACAUGGAGUCGCAGGGCUGCAACCACGAGGAAGAUGCUGCUGUGAGAUGCAACGUUCCCGCGAUGGGUUUCCAGAACCAGCUGCGCCUGGUUGGUGGUCGCAACCCAUAUGAAGGUCGGGUGGAGGUGUUGGCUGAACGCAACGGCACGCUGCGCUGGGGCACGGUCUGCAGCCAGGGAUGGAGCACUGUGGAGGCCAUGGUGGUGUGCAGGCAGCUGGGGCUGGGCUUUGCCAGCCAUGCCUUCCAGGAAACCUGGUACUGGCAUGGAGAUGUCAGUGCUGACAGCGUGGUCAUGAGUGGGGUCAAGUGCUCAGGGACGGAGAUGUCCCUGGCCCACUGUCGUCAUGAUGGAGCCGACGUCUCCUGUCCUAGAGGAGGAGGUCGCUUCGGUGCUGGCGUGUCCUGUUCAGAGACUGCCCCCGACCUGGUGCUCAACGCCGAGCUGGUGGAGCAAACCGCCUACCUGGAGGACCGCCCCAUGUUCAUGCUGCAGUGUGCGCAGGAGGAGAACUGCUUGGCCAGCUCAGCCAUCAACACCUCCGUCACCUCCGGCUACCGCCGCCUGCUGCGCUUCUCCUCCCAGAUCCACAACAACGGGCAGUCGGAUUUCCGCCCCAAAAAUGGUCGCCACGCUUGGGUCUGGCAUGACUGCCAUCGGCAUUACCACAGCAUGGAGGUUUUCACCCACUAUGAUCUACUGAACCUCAAUGGAACCAAGGUAGCUGAAGGACACAAAGCCAGCUUCUGUCUGGAAGACACCGAAUGUGAAGCAGAUGUGCAGAAACAGUACGAGUGUGCCAAUUUUGGUGAACAAGGGAUCACUGUUGGCUGCUGGGAUGUGUACCGACACGACAUCGACUGCCAGUGGAUCGACAUCACCGACGUCCCACCAGGAGAUUACCUCUUCCAGGUCGUCAUCAACCCCAACUAUGAAGUGGCUGAAUCUGAUUACUCCAACAACGUGAUGAAAUGCCGGAGUCGGUACGACGGGCAGCGCAUCUGGAUGUACAACUGCCACACAGGUGGCUCCUUCAGCGACGAAACGGAACAGAAGUUUGAUCACUUCAGUGGACUCACAAACAACAAAGUGUCCACCCGAUAGAGCAGCACUGCCUCCCGUCCCACUAUUUAAGAAGCGAGGCUUCCCGCUGCGCUCAUUUCCCCAACCACUGCGCCAAGACAAAAAAUCAAGCAAGCAAUCAAACUCUAAAUUAGCAAGGUAAAUUAUUUUCUGAAGCUGCCUUCCUUCCCGGUGUAAAUGCUUGGACCACCUCUUGUAAAUCCCACCCCCGCUGCCGAGGGUGUUGGGAGCAGGCUUUCAAACUCUACUGGGCUCCAACCUCCCCCCACCAUCUUUAUGUGUGUACACAGCUCUGGGCUGCAGUGAGCUCAGUUUGCCUUUGGUUGGGUAUCAACAACCUCAACGGGUCUUGACCAUUCAUUUUCUUCACAUUUUGGUACUUUUAAGCUUAAGCUGAAGCACCACUGACGCAUAUUCUUCCAUUUGUGAUGAUGCUCACCCUCAGCACCGCUGCCACUGCUCCAUUUUAGCAAAGAAACACAGGCAAGAAAACAACAUCGAAGCGUUCCUUCUGAGCAGAACAGUCUAAAGCAUAAUUUAAUACUGCAGCCAAACUCUCGCAUUCAACAACCAACUCCCAGAACCAACGGAGCAGCAAAUGCAGAACUCUGCCUCCACGUGCAGCACAGCUCCUCCACCACCCAGAAGCCGUGCUGAGUCCACAGGAUCGUUGCUUCCCACUGCACAGCAAGCAAUUCACCCAGCAGCCCCUACGUCCACCUACACGUUACCUUCGAAGCUGGAUAUUCCCUCUUUUGGAGGAUGAGUUCAGUUAAGGCAUUGCACCCCUGUACCCUGCAGAGGUAACUUCAUGGCUUGCAUCGUCAGGGAUGCGCUGACCGCCUAAGUUGGCUCCGAGGAUUUCUUUUUUACACUUAGUUCAGUUCACAAUGGUGCUAAGUGUGCUCCUCUGUUUGUUUGAGGACGCACGUCGCUACAGAUUUUCCACCACAGCUACUUGAAUAAAUCGUUUCACCCAGAAAAAAAAUAUAUCUACGUUUUUAAAUCCCACUUUCUAUUUCUACUCCCCGCCAGCUGAGGGCUUUGUUCACAAUUCCCGGUACUGAAGUUUCCUUCUCCCUCUGUGUUUGUACAGAAGGCCUCUACACGCAGCUAGAACUAAUGGAGUGCAGCCAAUUAACCAUCUCAAUCCGCAGGGAUCAACCCACUAUCCUACCUCACAGGGAUGUUGUGAGGCUUAACGGUUCUUGCUAACGCCUGGUGGAGUAUUUCUUGUAUCCAAGAUGUUGACACAGAGGAGAGGCUUUCAGCCUACUGCAAGUUGGAAAAGUCCAUUUUGUUCUCAAGAUGCAGGACAGUGCAGCUAAAGCAGAGCCUGGGGGAUGCUCUAUUGCUGCUGCUGCAACUCAAGGUGUCUCUCGGAGCAUCCCUUGCCAUUGGGCUCUGUGCAAGUUGAGCUACUGUUGAGUUCUGGCUUGCUUCUCCUAAUGAACAAAUAACUUCGCUUUCUAACGGAACAACACAGGCAGGCUUCUUUUCAAUGAGGAAAAAACCCUGAACCUCAAUGCCUGUCGCUACUGGGGGAUAUUUAACAACAAUAUGACAACAGAGUAAACACUGAACAGAGCUUUUGACUCCUACAGAUGCUCUGCUCCGACUGAAUGCUGGCCAGUGAGAUGCCCUUCCCUCACCCUGGUGCACUCCUAACAAUUCCUGGUGGGCUUUAACACGAAGUAACGCUUCCUUACGUGCUGCAGGGAGUGCAGAUGCUUUGGAGCAGAG